AUGCAGAGAAAUCCGGCGUCACGCACAACCCGCGGGAAGAACCCGCCGAAGGAAAAAACCAAAAAGAAAGCAACAGAGGCGGCGAGUUCGACUCCCGCGGCCGAAAAAACACCCACGCCGCCACCAGAAGAAAACCCCACUCUGCCAGAAGUUCCACCGCAGCCCAUACCGACCAAAGUGCAACCAGAGACCAACAGCGGACAAGAAAAUCCCGCCGAGGCGAAAUCAGACGAAGCAGAACCGGACCCCGAGGAAAUCAUACAAGAAUUCAUGAGGAAGUACGGAAAGGGGCCGAAGGCGAGCAAAUUCUUUGCCCAAAUGUCGGAGGCAUGCCGGAAGCAAGAAGAGGUAAUUCCUGCCCUAACCCCACUUACAAUUCCACCAAGACCCCAAACCUUAAUCGAAACACCCACUGCACAAGCCUUACCCACACACCCAGAAAACCCCCAAAUUUUACCCGAAACCCUAACUCAAGAGACGAACCCCCCACACACUAUUCCUCAAACAGAAACUGAGCCCCAUGCCGAACCCUCUGUAAAUAUAGAAGAAACUGAUGCUGAGGAGGGUGAUAGGAUGGAUACGGAGGAAUCAGAGAGAGUGGAGGGAGGGGGUAGUCUAGGUGAGCAAGAAGAAACACCGGAUGUAGAGGCCGCUGGGUCAGGGGACGAAGGGGAAAAAGAGGAGGGUAUAGAUGGUGGGGAGAAUGAUGGAGCAGAGGAAGUAAAUCAAGAAGAAACUGGGGAUGUGGAAGAGACUGAGGAACAUGGUGUGGAGGAAACUGUGGAUGGUGGAAAGGGUAGUGAGGGCAGCGUGGGGGAAGAAGGUGAAGCAGUUGAUGACAAAGAGGCUGAGAAGGAAGGCGAGAGUGUUGAUGAGGAAGUUGUUGAGAAGGAGACAGAGGAGGAAGAAAUUGCUGAUAAGGAGGAUGUUGAGAAGGAAGAGGAAAGAGACGGCGAUGGGCAAGAUGCCGAAGAAGUGUGUGAAGAGAUAGAGACUGACAUCGUCGUGGUAGACGAUAUAACUACCGAUGACCAAGGGACCCCAACCGAUGAGAGGCUGACGAGGAGGCAAUCCUGUCGUAAUAGGAAGCAAGAGGAUGAGGCAGAGGCAGGCAAUCCCAAGCGCCUGAGGCUGGAGGACACAGAGGAGGCAGAGGAUGAUAUCCCCCUGGUCCAGGAGACUGUGGCAGCCGAAAAGGAAAUCUCUCCGGAGGCUAUGGAGACGAGAUACGAGGCGGAAAGGAAAAGGAAGGGGAAACAUACUGCUAAGCCCCAACAGAAGAAAUCUCGCCCCGCGAACACCACUGUGGUGAUUAGCGAGCCGGAGGCGAUCCGUGUGCCGUUUGCCCAUCCAACUGAAGAGGAGGAGGCUAAGAUACCAGCCGUGGAGGAGAGCCCUUUCGAAACAAUGGAGGUCCUUGUGACCAAAAGGUUGUUGGAAGCCAUGGUCCAGUUUGAGGACCCAAAGCUGCAGAAGGCAUGUGAUGGCCGAGCCACGAAUGGGAAGUCGGCAAAAUCCGGAAAGAAGUUGUGCCUCUCGGACCUGGAGGAAAUGGGAGUGGAGAAGAAGUUCAUCUCCUACUUCAAAAGCAUCGGGUUUGAGUGGCUUCUCAACCACAGCAACACGGAGGUACCAGUGGCUCUGGCGAAGGAGUUCUUCACGUCCUUCAAGUUCAAACAAUCUACGGAUCUCGAUGCAGACACAAUCUCUUUCAGGCUGUUCAACGAGGAGAUGGAGAUGAGUAUAAGGGAGUGGUCGUUGAGACUGGGACUACUGACCGUUAGCACUGAACGAAUCUAA